AUGGAGGGACAGAAACUAGAGAACAAACCUAGAGAGUACGGAAUGGAGGGACAGAAACUAGAGGACAAACCUAGAGAGUACGGAAUGGAGGGACAGAAACUAGAGGACAAACCUAGAGAGUACGGAAUGGAGGGACAGAAACUAGAGGACAAACCUAGAGAGUACGGAAUGGAGGGACAGAAUCUAGACGACAAACCUAGAGAAUACGGAAUGGAGGGACAGAAACUAGACAACAAACCUAGAGAGUACGGAAUGGAGGGACAGAAACUAGAGGACAAACCUAGAGAGUACGGAAUGGAGGGACAGAAACUAGAGGACAAACCUAGAGAGUACGGAAUGGAGGGACAGAAACUAGAGGACAAACCUAGAGAGAACGGAAUGGAGGGACAGAAACUAGAACAAACCUAG